GUGGGGGAGGGGGAGGAGAAAGAGAGAGAGAGAGAGAGAUUGCGGAGGCGCACGUUAGCAAUUGCAAGGACACCGGCAUUUGAAUUCGUCGCCUCCUCUCUCUCGAUCUCUCCUUCUUCUUCUUCUUCUUCUUCUUCUCGUUGAUUGGGCGGCGAAUCUCUCGAUCCGAUCAUCUAUCGAGCUCGCGCGCGGCGGAGAUCCUGAGUUUCUCGCGAUUCCCUCCGGCUAACGCCAUUGCGGGCGACUCAGAUUGCUUCGCCUCAUCCAUCCGAAGUACACAAUCCUAGAUUCCAACAACGUCUUCGUCGUAUAUUAGGGCAUCGCGUAGCUGGUCCCUCCACGGUAGCCCUUCUUCGCGUUGGAGUUUUCCUUCGUUUAUGAUUCGGAUGCCUGGCGUCUCGUGGAGUUUCGAGACAUUCUUUUGGGAAUUACGACUUUAUGGGGUUUCCGUCGAGAUUUUUGAGCUAUUUCCGAGCUCCGGAGCUGUCGCAGCGAGUAUUGGUUGACAACAACAGCUGAGGUGGUAACGAUUUCUCGAAGGAUCAUGGCAUGCUUUGUUUCCUUUCACGUUUUAAGGGUGGAAAUCACCGGCAUUGCAGUUCUUUGAUCUUCAUAGACCUUAACUUGGGCUGAAAACAACAGUUCGUCCUGUUAUUGAUUUGGUCUCAGUGGAGUAGAUACUUGGAUCGUGCCGGGUGCCCUCCUUGUUGGUUUUUACCGAUGCUAUGUUGGAGUAGAAUUCUGCUCCAUAAGCGAAAGCUCGUCUCUCGACUCCGUUUAUGGGGCAGCAUCAGAUAGUCCACAGCAGCAGUCUUUUGUCUUUUCAUUAUGCCGGAAAGGAUUGUUCUUUAUGCGUAUGUUGUUUGAUCCCGGUCCGUGGAUGGCAGAUCCUCUGAGAAAUGGUCCCGUGGAAAGGGAUGUAGAGCAGGCAAUUACAGCCUUAAAGAAAGGAGCAUAUCUAUUGAAGUAUGGACGAAGAGGAAGGCCAAAGUUUUGUCCUUUCAGACUUUCAAAUGAUGAAUCUUUGCUAAUUUGGUACUCUGGAAGGGAUGAGAAACAACUUAAACUUAGUCAGGUUUACAAGAUAAUACCAGGACAGCGUACUGCAAUAUUUCAGCGGUAUCCACGGCCUGAUAAAGAAUACCAGUCAUUUUCUCUUAUAUACAAUGAAAGAUCACUAGAUUUGAUCUGCAAGGACAAGGACGAAGCAGAAGCCUGGUUUGUUGGAUUGAAGGCUUUGAUUUCACGAGGAAAUUAUCGGAAGUUGAGAUCAGAAUCAAAAGGGGAUAGGACUUCGUCUGAUAGUCCUACUACAUAUAUUCGUAAAAUUUCUCCAUUCACAUCACCCUUCAGUGGUAGUGAUAUCUCCCAUAAGGAUUCCAGUGAUGACCAAAUCAAUACUUCUUAUGAGUACCAUCCAGUUAAUGGUUUGGGGAAGGUGUUGUCUGACGUGAUAUUGUAUACGUCACCAGCCAGGAGUUUGUUACACUCAGAAUCUCUAUGUAAAUCUUUUUGUUCACACUCAUCAGGAGCUGCAGAUAUUACUAAUGGACAGGGCUCUGCAGUUGAUACUGUUAGAGUAAGUUUAUCUAGUGCUGUUAGCUCAUCAAGCCAUGGAUCAAAUCAUGAGGAUUUUGAUGCAUUAGGUGAUGUUUUCAUUUGGGGAGAAGGCAUAGGUGAUGGGUUUCUUGGUGGUGGCUUGCAAAGGGCUGGAAUUUCCUCGACCAUUGCGAUUGAUGCAUCACUGCCAAAAGCUUUGGAGUCAACAGUAGUGCUUGAUGUUCACAAUAUAGCUUGUGGUAAGAAUCAUGCAGUUUUGGUUACCAAACAGGGGGAGGUUUUCAGUUGGGGAGAGGAAUCAGGAGGCAGGCUUGGCCAUGGAAAUGAUGUUGAUGUUUCGCAGCCAAGGCUUGUGGAUGCCCUAGGUGGUAUGAAUGUUGAACUCAUGGCAUGUGGCGAAUAUCAUACAUGCGCUGUAACUUUGUCUGGGGAUUUAUUUACAUGGGGUGAUGGUACUCACGGUUCAGGUCUCCUGGGUCAUGGGAGUGAUGCGAGUCACUGGAUUCCGAAAAAAGUGUGUGGUCCAAUGGAAGGUCUGCAUGCGUCAUCAGUAUCUUGUGGACCAUGGCAUACAGCCGUUGUGACUUCUGCAGGCCAGCUAUUUACAUUUGGUGAUGGAAUUUUCGGUGCUCUGGGUCAUGGUGAUCAUAGAAGCACAAACAUACCAAGAGAAGUUGAAGCUCUGAGAGGAAUGCGCACUGUUCGUGCAGCUUGUGGUGUUUGGCACACUGCUGCAAUUGUGGAAAUUUCAGAUGCAUCCUCUGAUUCCAGUGACUCUGCGAUGGGGAAACUAUUCACUUGGGGAGAUGGUGAUAAAGGUCGACUUGGACAUGGUGAUAGGGAACCCAGACUCCUUCCAGCAUGUGUAGCAUCUCUUUCUGAUAAUAUUUGUAAGGUAGCUUGCGGGCAUGACAUAACUGUUGCUUUAACAACUUCUGGACAUGUUUAUACAAUGGGAAGUACUGUAUAUGGGCAACUUGGUAAUCCCCAAACCGAUGGAAAGCUUCCCACUCGUGUUGAAGGAAAGAUUUCAAAUCAUUUUGUUGAAGAGAUAUCAUGUGGAUCUUAUCAUGUUGCUGUAUUGACCUCAAGAACUGAAGUCUAUACCUGGGGCAAAGGAGUGAAUGGCCGUUUAGGCCAUGGGGAUAAUGAUGACCGAAAUACUCCGACACUUGUUGAAGCUUUAAAGGACAAACAAGUGAAGAGUGUUGUAUGUGGUGCAAGUUUUACUGCAAUCAUCUGUCUUCAUAAGUGGGUGUCCAGUGCUGAUCAGUCCAUAUGUUCUGGUUGUCAUCUCCAUUUUGGAUUCAGAAGAAAACGUCAUAAUUGUUAUAAUUGUGGUUUAGUCUUUUGCAAAGCAUGUAGCAGCAGAAAAUCUACUGGAGCUUCUUUAGCACCAAAUAUUAAUAAGUUGUAUCGUGUAUGUGAUGAAUGUUAUACCAAGCUUAGGAAAGUGGUGGGGGAUGGUAAGAUUCCUCAAAUUCCAAGGCAUCAAAAUGGAAGUACAAACCAGGUGCCUGGUGAACUGGCUGACAAAGAUUCACCUGGUCCUAGGAUGCAGGGUCAGUUCUCUAGGCUCUCAUCAUUUGAAUCUUUUAAAGGUGAAAACAGAGAUUCCAGAGAAUCAAACAAUGGAUAUCCAUCAAGUUCUUCAAAGUUUCUUCAAGUUCAAGCAUCUUCAAAGAAAAUAUUCUCUGCUUCUGUCCCAGGUUCAAGAGUAGCGUCUCGUUCAAAUUCACCUACAUCAUGUAAGCGAAGUCCAUUGCAUUCAUUGGCCAUAUCAAGGGAUGCCACUAUUACAUGCUUGGAAAUAUGUCAUGACUUGAACCCAACCAAUGAGGAUCUAAGACAAGAAAUCCUUAAGUUACGGGCACAGGUUGAUGAGCUAGCAUGUAAAUCACAACUUCUAGAAGUGGAAUUGCAGAAAACAACAAAACAAUUGACAGAUGCAAAAGCAAUGGUGAGCGAAGAAACUGCAAAGGGCAAGGCUGCAAAGGAAGUAAUCAAGUCUCUGACAUCACAGCUAAAGAUCAUGGCUGACAGAGUACCAGAGGCAUCUCUGAUAUCCCGCAACAAUGGGUCUGGUUAUACAUCUGACUCACCGAAACUACAAUCCAUUGACAACACAACAAGCAACUUGCUACCUUCCCAGUUAUCUGAGUCAAAUGGUAAUUUGAGUAAUCCAGUGGUCUGCAAUGGAAACAACACAUUGUCAGAAAAAGUGGAAUGGGUUGAACAAGCUGAACCAGGUGUUUACUUUAGCAUAUCUUCUUUGCCUGGUGGUGAUAAAUGUCUCAGGCGAGUGUGCUUUAGCCGAAAAAGAUUUAGUGAACAACAAGCAGAGAAGUGGUGGGUAGAAAAUCGAUCAAGGAUUCAGGAGAAAUACACUAUCCUUAGUGGUGAAAAUUCUGCCUCGAGCUCUACUUCCGCGCAUCUUGCAGGAAGGAUUGCUUGUUCGACCAAGCAGUGAUGCCGCAAACUCUCUGUGCCGCUCCCCGGUAAAUGUAAAUAUUCCUUAGAACCGGUGGACGAUGCACAUACCUUACCUUAUUGAUUGUUGCACCAUACUAGGGCAGUGUUUGGAAGGAAAAUUGCCACACGUGCCAGGCACUUACAGUGGCCGCUGCUGCCUUAGAGGAUUCCUUUUAACCCCUUCAACAAAAAUCAUGCAAUAUUAUCUUCCAUGCAUCUAAUUUUCUGUCCAGGAAGAACAUCAAAUUUUUUUUUUUUUUGAGGUUUUAUCAUUUUCUCAUGGAUUCCGACUGUACCUGGAUGAUCGUAGUCAUGAUAACACUGAAGAUAGUUGAUACUCUUUAGUUAGCUGUGUUCCCAAGCUAACACUGAAGAAGAAAGUAAGAUGGUUGACAUGAGA